GGUGCCGGGUACGGCAUGCGGGUCACGUCUUCCGGCUGCCGCCUUUCCUCUGCCCCUCGGGUGGCUCCUGCAGGCGUUCUCCUGGGUCGCACCCGGGGCUCCCUUGGCUUACUGCAGUGCCUCUUUCUCCCGCAGGAAUGCAUUCUCUCCGGGAUUAUGUCAGUGAACGGGAAGAAGGUGCUGCACAUGGAUCGCAACGCCUACUACGGAGGGGAAAGUGCGUCUAUUACACCCCUGGAGGACUUGUACAAAAGGUUUAACCUGCCGGGGACGCCCCCAGAGUCGAUGGGCCGGGGAAGAGACUGGAAUGUGGACUUGAUUCCCAAGUUCCUCAUGGCGAAUGGCCAGCUGGUCCGGAUGCUGCUGUACACAGAAGUCACCCGCUACCUGGACUUCAAAGUGAUCGAAGGAAGCUUUGUCUACAAGGGAGGGAAGAUCUACAAGGUCCCGUCGACGGAGGCCGAGGCCCUGGCGUCCAGUCUGAUGGGCUUGUUUGAGAAAAGGCGCUUCCGGAAGUUCUUGGUGUAUGUUGCCAACUUCGAUGAGAACGAUGCCCGGUCUUUCGAAGGGGUUGAUCCCAAGAAGAACACCAUGCGUGACGUGUACAAGAAGUUCGACCUGGGCCAGGACGUCAUAGACUUCACGGGCCAUGCCCUCGCACUGUACAGAACCGAUGACUACCUAGACCAGCCCUGCCAAGAAACAAUCAACCGGAUCAAACUGUACAGCGAGUCGCUGGCUCGAUACGGCAAGAGCCCCUACCUGUACCCUCUGUAUGGCCUGGGAGAGCUGCCGCAGGGGUUCGCCAGGUUAAGUGCCAUCUACGGGGGCACAUACAUGCUGAACAAGCCCAUCGAAGAGAUCGUCAUAGAAAACGGCAAAGUGGUUGGCGUGAAGUCCGAAGGGGAGAUCGCCCGCUGCAAGCAGCUCAUCUGUGACCCCAGCUAUGUUCCCGAGAGAGUGAAGAAGGUCGGCAAGGUCAUCCGGGUCAUCUGUAUCUUGAGCCACCCCAUCAAGAACACAAACGACGCCAAUUCGUGCCAGAUCAUCAUUCCCCAGAACCAGGUUAACAGGAAAUCAGACAUCUACGUCUGCAUGAUCUCGUCCGCGCACAACGUGGCCGCGCAGGGGAAGUACAUCGCCAUCGUCAGCACCACCGUGGAGACGAGCGACCCAGAGAAGGAGAUCAAGCCCGCCUUGGAGCUCCUGGAGCCAGUCGAGCAGAAGUUUGUGAGCGUCUGCGACAUGUUUGCACCAACCGAUCUGGGCAAAGAGAGCCAGAUCUUCAUUUCCAGCACCUAUGACGCGACAACCCAUUUUGAGACGACAUGCGACGACAUCAAAGACAUUUACAAGAGGAUGAUGGGAUCAGAGUUCGACUUUGAGGAGAUGAAGCGGAAGAAGAACGACAUUUACGGUGAGGAGGAUCAGCAGUAGCCGUGCUUCAAGCCUUAGCUCGGCUCCGAAUGGGCCGCCGGCGGUGUUCCUGCCCAGAGGAACUUCGGCAAGCACCGUACGAGUUCACUAUUGUAAGGCCUGCUUUUUGUAAUCAUACCUGACAUUGAAAGAGUCCCGCACUGGUCAAACGCUCCUUCUCCCCCCUUUGGGCAUAAUCAUGUGUUAAUUAUUCUUUAAAUGAGGUUGCUGGGGUCACAGUUGGCAGAUACUGACACCCCACUUCUAACGUAACGUGAGGAUAAGCAAACGUUCCAUUUCUUUUGCUGACCAGGCUGUCGGGGCAGAAGCCAGGGCGCCUGUCAUACCUGUGUCACCUUCAGCGGAGCCCUGGUAGACCUCUGGGGGUCUGACCCGGGGCCCGUGGCAGGGGCCCCUGCCCCUCCAUUGGGCGGGAGCCCCUCCCCAGCAACCUCCUCCCCUUAGUCUUAACUUCAUGGUGAGCUGCGUCUUGGUCCAAGCUCACAGCAGCGGUGGCCACUCGGUGGGGUUUCUCCUCGCACUCUCCUCUUCCCUCCGCCCCCCGACUAAAAGCUUCUCAAACCGUUUACAUCUGUUGGGACACAACUGUGCCACAAGGCUUUUUGUGUUUUCAAAGUGAUACUAAUAAAAAAAAACUUGGUGCAAGUACGAAACUCGGAAGCAGGCAACGUGUGUGCAAGUAUCUUCUUUUCUUUUGUCGUUUCCCCUGUACCUCGUCCGGCUUCUCGGGUGGACCAAGCUGCACUGCAGUAUUGACUUGACGGAGCCCGGCCUUCUGUGUGCCAAGGCUCCAGAUGACCUCUGUACUGCCAAAGUAAAGUCAACUUCUGGAAACAA